UAUAGAAAUUCCCUUGUUCAAACAGGAAUGAGCAUUGCAGUGUAGCGGACAUAUUUGUGAAGAAGGGCCCGUAUCUUAAAAUGUACUCCACUUAUAUUCGUGAGUUCGACAAGAAUGUGGCCCUUCUAGAAGAGCAGUGCCGGAAAAACACAGCGUUUGCCAAAGCCGUCCAAGAGUUUGAGAGCCAUCCAUGCUGUGCAAACCUGGCAGUGAAACAUUACAUGCUGAAACCCAUCCAGAGGAUUCCACAGUAUCAGCUUCUCCUGACCAGUUAUUUGAACAAUCUAGAUGAAGAAUCGCCAGACUACAAAGAUGCAGAAGCUGCCCUGAUGAUAGUAAAGGAGGUGGCUAAUCAUGCAAAUGAAAUCGUAAGACACGAGGAUAACUGCCAGAAGCUGUACGAGGUUCAGUGCCGCCUCACUGGGCAUCACGUGAUCGUUCAACCAGGACGGGUUUUGUUAAAGGAAGGGAUCUUGAUGAAGCUCUCCAGGAAGGGGAUGCAGCCUCGAAUGUUAUUCUUAUUAAAUGAUAGUCUUCUGUAUACCACGCCAGUAGCAACGGGUAAUUUCAAACUGAACAACAUACUGUCAUUGGCUGAGAUGGAGGUCAGUAAGCCUAGUCAGGAGGGGUAUCAGAAUGAGCUAAACAUUGAGAGUGUUGAACGAUCUUUUAUUCUAUCUGCCAGCUCUGCUGCAUGUCGAGAUGAGUGGCUUCAGGCCAUUUCCACCGCAAUCGACGAUUACACCAAGAAAGAGACCACCUUCACCUCAGUCAGAAACCCUGAGAUGGCAACCCAAGAUGUUCCAGACAGCGGGGCCCAGCUGGGAUCCAAAGCCCCGAUAUGGAUCCCGGACCUGAGGGCCACUAUGUGCAUGAUCUGCACCUGUGAGUUCACCCUCACCUGGAGACGCCACCAUUGCAGAGCCUGUGGGAAGGUUGUGUGUCAGGCCUGUUCAACUAACAAACAGCCGCUGAAAUACCUGAAGAAUCACCUCGCGCGAGUUUGCGAUCUCUGCUUCUCCGCUUUGCAGCAAAAUAGUUCAGGUGACCAAGUACCCAGUAAUACACCUCUGUCACCGACAGGCAAGUCGCCUGGUGCCUAUCCCUUCAGAAAGCAGAAGAAAAUACCAGCAGCCCUUAAAGAGGUGAUGAUCCAAAAAACUGUCUUUCAUAUGCCAGUCAAAGCUGACUGA